AUGUCUCGCACAACAGACUCUGUUGGCCACUGGGAGGACCUCGAGACAUGGCUAAGUGUUGCAACAGACAGCCUCCUACCUAAGGCUGCUGAAACACUGAAGCAUCAGACACAGGACCAGCUGGAUGACAACAUAAGAUUUAUGAGACAAGACCCAAGUCAGAGCUACAGUCACAAAGAACUAGCCAAGAUCACUGGCUCCUUAAGCCACACACUCAUCGCCACCCUCAAGCUGAGCGACAGGCACGCCGCCCAUCUCCAGCAGGAGCUAACACGCGCACAACGACGCGUCGAGCAGCUAGAAAUGGAGGCUCAGGAACGACGGGAAGGGACCGAUGAGGUGGAACAAGGCGCCGAGGAGGAGAUCACCAGGCUAAAAGGGACCCUAGCAGCUACUACCCAAGAAAUGGAACAAGGCAAGGCAGACUACGCUGAUCUCUCCAACAAGCUACAAUAUGCAGAACAGCUCCUGGAAAAGGCAAAGACAGACUUUAGAGGCAAGAACGGCAGAAUUAAAGCCCUUGAAACUCACUUGGAUGAGUCAAGGAAUGAGAUAAGCCGUCUAUCACUACAGCUGGACUACAUAAAAGAGGAGUCCGACAGCAUCAGAGAGGAACUCAGACAUGCCUACGAGCUGCACCCUGAGCCUACAAGGACACGACGGCCACCAGUCUCACCCCACAUCAAAGAGGAGUCCGACAGCAUCAGAGAGGAACUCAGACAUGCCAACGAGCUGCGCCCUGAGACUACAAGGACACCACGGGCACCAGUCUCACCCCUGCUGAGCAGGACCGGGUCCCCUGUUCCUGGACUGACACGUGAUCAAAGGGGGAGGGGGCAGUGCUGA